ACUGUCUCAAUCCCCUCCUUUCCUCUCUCCAUUGUUCAUUCCUUUUCUCUCCGUUUCCUUUGGAGUCAAUUUAUUCCUGGAAAAAGAAGAACUAUGGCAGCUGGCAUGGGAAAAUGCAGCAAAAUCCGCCACAUCGUCAGGCUUAGACAAUUGCUACGCCGGUGGCGCAAUAAGGCCCGUAUUUCAGCUAAUCGCAUUCCUUCAGAUGUACCGGCUGGACACGUGGCGAUCUGCGUCGGUAGCAGUUGCAGGAGAUUUGUGGUGCGCGCUACAUACUUGAACCAUCCUGUCUUCAAGAAACUCUUAGUCCAAGCUGAGGAAGAAUACGGCUUCACUAACCAAGGUCCAUUAGCGAUUCCUUGUGAUGAAACAGUAUUUGAGGAAGUGAUUCGAUACAUUUCGAGAUCAGAAUCGGGGAACUCCACCCGUUUCUUGAAUCUGGAAGAUUUUCAGAGGCAUUGCCAUGUCGGAGUUAGGAGUACGCUUAAUUUUUGGACUGAAUCUCGACCUUUGCUUCAUGGAUUUGAUGAUAAAACCAUAUGGUAAGCGAAAAUACCAACUGGGAUUUGCUUGGUGUUUGUUUCUUGAGAAUAAAAGAGAGAAACAGGAACACUCUGAUUCUCACCCAGGAUUGACUCAGGCCGAGUUAGUAAACCACAUCACAGCGAAUCCAGAAAAUAUAUCAAGUACAUUAUCCGAGUUGAAUUUCUAGAGUUAACUCGGCUGAAUUUCCCUGAUUUUUUUUAUGGGUUUUGAUCCAAAGACGAACUUCUACCUUUUUCUUCUUAUUUUCUUCGAAUAUUGUUAUUAUUGGUUCAAUUCGGUUGUGAGUUAGUGAGGCGAGUCAGUGUAUAUUGACAACUCUGGCGACUGCAUGGAGAUGGCAAGAGGAGGUGGCUGAGUUAUCCACCGUGUCGUCCCGGGUUCGAAUCGGAGUGGUGGGAAAAGGGAAAAUGUUUGAAAGUUUGAGGUAGUACCUGAAAUUUGAAAAGAAAGCAGAGGUGAGGAAGGAUUGACGAGAAAAUUUAACCUAACCACUUUUGUAAAUUAUGUUAUUUAUUGAUGAAUUGAACAAAUUUGUAGAGAAAUUCCAGCAUGGAACCUAUCUUCUUGCAAUAACUUCCUUUUUUU